CAAAGGUAUUGAAUUUAGCUACUACCACUGAUAUUAACCAUGUGCUAAUUUACUAGAUUCUGUAGGCUACUAUCAACAAAACUAGAUCAGACGAUGUCGAAUGGCCAUGGUCGCCGGAGGAGACAAAGGCGCUGAUCUCCGUAUGGUCAGACGAACAGAAUAUUCUGAAAAUGGAGCAAACGUGUAGAAACAAACAUGUUUACAGGGAAAUUUCGGAGCGGCUAAAUGACCUUGGUGUCAAACGGACGUGGAAGCAGUGCCAAAAUAAGAUGAAGGCCUUGAAGUUUAAAUACAGACAAACACGCAGAGACCCAAGCAGUAGUGACCGAACAAGCUUUCCAUUAUUUUCUGAACUGGACGAAUUUCUCGCCGCCAUGCCUGAUAUGACUGAGUCCAAAGAGACUGGCGACGAGGAAGAUGGUCGUCCUCUUCCUCUGUCGUCUCUGCGUCUUCUGGUUCCUCCACUGCGGCUGGUGUCCGCAGCUCUAUGGCAAGUUGUUCAGCGCAGAGACACAAUGGACUACGGGUUGGUGGAGGAGUUUGUGACCACUGUGUUGGAGAUAACCCCCGAUCUGAUGAGUUACAGAGAGAAAGUCCAACUCAUCAUGGGGCUGCGAGCACAGCUGGUUCUGGAGUUGUGUCGCUCUGAUCAUUCAGCCGACCCGGAGACCAUCCAGCCACACCUGAGCAGGAUGAGGACCUGCAUCAUCACUCAUAGAGAAAAGGAGAUAGAUACAGAGGUCGAGGCAUCAGAGUCAAACUUCUUGGAACUUGUCCAAACUCUUCUAGAUGACCCACUUGAGAGGGAACACUUCUUCCAGGAAGUUUUUCCAGAAGAAUUUGGCCCCGUGUAUGACACGGCACUGCAGACUCUGAUGUGGGAGUUCCUCUCCAGGCUGGAGAAACUGCUCCCAACACCAACAUUUCAACAGACUGCAUCCUGGCUGAGACCUGCCCCCUCUAUGCUGAACGAGUGUGCACAGUCUGUGACUCAACCUCAGCCUUUGAAGACUCUCCUCCAGCACCACAGAUGCCAUGGCCAUUUGUUUGCUAAUGCUCAUUCAUCUUGUGCUGAUGAUCACAUCCUCUCUUCACUGUCUCACAAGUUUCCACCCUCAGAGAGAGCCACAUGUGCACCCAGAAAAGAGAGGGACACUUUGAUAGAGCAAGAUAAUGCAGAGAAGGAGCUGGGGAUGAGUUUGGACAUGGUUAAGAAGGCAGUGGAAAUGACGGAUAGAAGGAACGAAGAAUGGGGAGAGAAGAACUAUGAGGAGAGACUGCAACAUCAGUUGGCUUAUAAUGUUUUACAGGUCGAGAUUGUAGAUGGAGAAGACGUGUCCUCGACGUCAUCGACAACAGCCGACAAUGUCGGACAGACCUGGACCCCAAAGGAAACGGAAGCGCUGAUCUCUGUAUGGUCAAAGAAACAGAUUCUUCAGGAGAUGGAACGAAGUUACAGAAAAAAACAUGUGUACAGCGACAUUUCAAAGCAGAUAAAGGACCUUGGCGUCAAAAGGACUUGGAAGCAGUGUCAAACAAAGAUAAAGGACAUGAAGUUCAGCUACAGACAAACACUAAGGAACCCAAGCAGUAGUGGCCGAGGGACCUGUCCGUUCUUUUCUGAACUGCACACAUUUCUCGCCGCCACACCUGAUGCAACUGAUAUCCAGUUGCCUGAGUCGAAGGAAACCGUCAAGGUUUCAGAUCCAGAAGUCAUGUUCUCAGAUCAGGGUGACGGGCCUUCUGUGGAUGUCAAGUUAGAGAAUCUACACGAGGAAAUGGCUUCCAGAAAAGAGACACACAAGACACUCACCGGAAUGAAAACAGAAGCGAGGAAAGGGGAUGAGGCUGUUCACAGCCCUCAAAGUGACAGCAGGGUGAAAAUCGGAAGAAUAUCCCACCGUUGCGAACAGAUGGUUGAAGACAAGUCAGAUUUGGACCUUCAGCCCGUAGUGAUGUUGACACAACUUGAUGAAACCCUUCUGAUGACAGGUGGUGAUCCUCGUCCUGUUUCCCAUACCACAGGGCAGUCUUCUAAAAGAAGCAAACGUGCCAAAAUAUGCUCCUUUUGUGGGAAGAGUUUUCUUGAAGCAAAAGAUUUGACGACACACAUGAGAACUCACACUGAGCAGAGCCCUCACCAGUGCACCCAGUGUGGCGAAGGCUUUGAAAAUCCGGACGACUUACAAAAACAUUGGCAGAAUGAUUGUGAGGAGAUGAUGAAACAGGAGGUCAAUGAACACCGGCAUGGAAAGGACAGGAUCUCUGGAGAGUCCAGUAAUGCAAGUACUGAUCCAAAAACAUGCCAUCUAUGCCAUGAGACUUUUGAAUUUCAGUAUGUGUUGAAAAAUUGCCUUAUUGUAUUUCACAAAGGCAAAAGCCUUUAUAAGUGUCCUCUGUGUAUGAAGGGUUUUGGGUUCCUCAGUGAUUUGAAGAAAGACCAGAGUAACAAAAGAGGUUGUCCUACAAGUGAAGCCGUCAAAAAAAGGAAGGAGUUGGGGUCAAAUGAAAAUGUUGUCGGACUGAACUCGACCCCCAACAAGUGCCCUGACGUCUUCAAGUGCUCCUUUUGUGAAGAGAUCUUUUCUCGGUGCAUGGACCUGAAGAGCCACUACAGUCGGGCUCAUCAAUUUACGGGACCGUUCCCCUGCCCUUCUUGUCAGACGACUUUUGUUUCGUUAACUGAGCUGCGCUUACAUCAGAGAAAUGAGUCCACUCCUUACCAAUGCUCUUUGUGCCAGCGAUCAUUCUUAUCACUCGAUAAGCUGACAGUUCAUGAGAGAAUUCACACAGGGGAGAAACCGUACCUCUGUGCUGAGUGUGGAAAAGGUUUCAGGGAUGCAAAAACCCUGGAAGAACACUCUAAGAUUCAUAUUGAGGGAGAACUCCACACCUGCUCCCAUUGUGGGAAAAGUUUCAAGCGAAAAGAGCUAUUGAAACAGCACAUGUUAAAUCACAAAGAUGCCGCUUUCAUCUGCCCAGACUGUGGGAAGAAGUUUUUUCGGUUGGUAUGGUUAAGAAGGCAUAUGUUAAUCCACACUGGCGAGAGACCGUUCCUCUGUGAUCUCUGCGGGAAGGGUUUCAAAUCUACAGUUGAAUUGAGGUUGCACACCCGGACACACACUGGAGAACGGCCGUUCAAGUGUCCAGAAUGUGGAAGAAGUUUUAAGCAGAAGUGUCAUCUGCAGAUACAUCGGCGGACACACACAGGGGAGCGGCCGUAUCCGUGCACCGUGUGCGAUAAACGCUUUUAUGUCAGCAAAGAUAGAAAACGACAUAUGCUCAUCCAUACUGGAGAGAAGCCGUUCAAAUGUCAAGUAUGUGGCAUGGCUUUCAACCGUAAAGGGCAUUUGAGGGUACACCAACAAACCAAGAGGUGUUCAUAUAGGCACACAAGUCCCCUGCAUAGCACAUCAUUAUAAUAAGUGGUUUCCUGACUGACAGAACUGGACCUGAUUCUUUAAGCCACAUUUUAAGAUGUGCGUCCCAUCAAGUAAUAAUAUGAAGCUAAGAAAAAGUAUUAGUUUACAAAGUGACAACAAUAUAAACCACGGAGUACUAGCCUAUGUUAGUUUUUUGUUACAAUGAUGGUUUUUGUAAAAAACUUCAAGGACGUGUUAUGUAUGUGACUGUUAUUAAAUUGUUUUUUAAAGGCA